UCUCUCAUCUGAAACUUUGCUGCUAAAUAUUGUUAACGUACAUAGACCUCUGCAUGUUAAAACGUAGCUUUGCUGUAAUCCUCCGCAACGAAAUGUGGUCGCGUGCGUUUCUCCGCAAGGCAGCUCGCAACAGCCUUUGAUCGAGCUCUCGAUCUCCAUUUUCGUAUUGCAGGCUACUUCGCUGUUUGCAGCCUUGAAGCAGCAGCAACAGCAGCAAUCGCGCGACAUCUUUUCGUCGCGGGACCGCGAGUGCCGCGACGCGAGGGAUCGUCUACCUACGACCCGCAAUCGUGACUCCAUCAGAGGCAACAUAACGGAGAGCAGCAGUGGCAGCAGCGUUGCUGAUCAACAGCAGCAGCAGCAGCAGCAGGAUCUCAGCAUCGAGUAUCAAAGCAAUGGGAAGCUCAGUCCCGCCGGACACGCAGUGACAGCAGCACCCAUGACCCAGCAAAAGCAACCAAUUAUCACGCAGCAGUCGCAACAGCCCAGCUCGGGGGCACCAGGACCCCAGCCUAGUCCGCAUCAGAGCCCGCAAGCCCCACAGAGGGGUUCACCGCCGAAUCCUACCCAGGGCCCGCCACCCGGUGGCCCGCCAGGGGCUCCGUCGUCGCAGACUCCCUCGCAGAUGAUGCUCAGCUCGGCAAGCGGCCUCCACCAGAUGCAACAGCUGCUGCAACAACAUAUACUCAGCCCCACGCAACUGCAGUCUUUUAUGCAGCAGCACACGCUGUACCUGCAGCAGCAGCAACAGCAGCAGCAACAUCAUCAGGAUUCAUCUUCCGAUCAUGCAUCUAACCAGGAACGAUUCGGUUAUUUCUCCUUAAAAAACCAUCAGCAUCAACUCGCAGAACUUAACAAGAAACAGUUGGAACAAGCGAUGCAGCAAUUGCAAGAACAGUUGCAGCUGAAUUUGUUUCAGCAGACGCAUUUAUUGCAAACGGCGGACAAGAAGAAGGCAUCGGCACCUCUCCAGCAACUAGCAAUCCAGCAACAGCAUUAA